UAAUUUUGCUUUAGAGCAAGAAAAAUAUCAAAUCAUGAACAAAAAGCUACAACUACAUGAAAAAUAAACAUACAAGCUUACAGAUUUCCUAUUUUUAAAUAUAAAGUAAAAAAUAUAAUGUUAAAUAUAAUGAAGUGGUGAAAAUCUGGCAAAAUACUUAAAUUUAGAGAUUCUAUGUAGGGAUGCACCAAUUGCAGUUUUUGGCCGAUCACCGAUCUUGAGAAAAACCUGACUUGCCGAUACCGAUUUUAGUCAAUACCGAUUUUUGUCGAUACUGAUUUUGUCUCAAUUAAAAGCAGAUUAUGUCAAUGUUUGAAUUUCCUUUUAUUGAGAAAACCAAUAUGAAUAUGAAACAUUACCAGAUUCAACUGGACAUGAGGUCAUGUUCUCAAAUAUAAAUUAACAUAUAGCAUUGCUGUUUAACUACAAAAUCAUAUUUGUUCCAUUAGACUUUCAGUUUUCUAAAUUUGAAAACCAAACCUUUGUACCUGUUUUGACACAUUUGUCCAAAAAAAUGACUCCAUAGCAAUAAUUUGCUUUAACUAGAACUAGGGGCGAACUGAUUGCAGGUUUUGGCCGAUCACCGAUCUUGAAAAAACCCGAGAUUGGGGCAGAUAGAUCGGUUGGCUGUUUCUAAUUCUACGUUAUCUUUUGUUUAUUUCUGAUGAAACUCAAUAAAGAUUUUAAUUCAGUUAAUAAAUAUAUUCAGUUAAGAAUUUUAAAAUGGAUCAAUCCUUAUUAAUUAUUCAAAUAUUCAACAACUUAAAUGAAAUCAUCCAGAAAAUGAAGAUCAAUGAGAGGAUACGUCCUGAAUGAGUCCCAGCAGCCUGGCACCACCCGACCUGUCCAAAACUAAAAGCAGGUCUCUGCAGAGUCUGUAAUCUUUUAAGAGGAUCGAGUGUGCGAUCCAGGGGGAGGGAUUCGGGAUGUGCCAACUGUCCAUGGUGGUGUGCACAUGGCUUUCCUGUCCACCUGAGCUGUGGACAGUUAGUGGGACACUUUAUGACUUUAUGGGACAUGAACAGGGACGCAGGCUGAGGACGCCUGACAGAGAUGACAUGGGUCACGAGUUUUAGGACAACUGGGACAAAGGGGAGUUAAGAUCCAGAUGGACAUGCCGGUGUUAGAGGUGGCCUGCAGCCUGAUUGGCUGGCUGAGCCUCUACCUGCUGUUCUGCUGCACCUUUCCUCAUCGGGGAGCUGAGUGGAACUGCCGCCUGGUCACGUUGACCCACGGGGUCCUCAUAGUGCUGCUGACAGCAUAUGUGGUGUUUAUUGAUGGACCCUGGCCCUUCACACAUGCAGGGACAGAAAACACAGAUCUCCAGGUCUUCUCUCUGGCCGUCUGCCUGGGCUACUUCUUCUUUGAUCUGAGCUGGUGUGUGUGCUACCGCACCGAAGGCCCGGUCAUGAUGGCCCACCACACCGCCAGCAUCCUGGGCAUACUGCUGGCGUUGUUCACAGGCGUGUCGGGCUGCGAAACCUGUGGGGUCAUCUUUGGCAGCGAGAUCACCAACCCCCUGCUCCAGAGCCGCUGGUUCCUCCGCCAGCUGGGCCUGUACGAGGGCCUGCUAGGGGACGCGGUGGACCUGCUCUUUAUUUUACUCUUCGCCACGGUGCGCGUGGGUGUGGGGACUGUGAUGUUCUACUGUGAGCUCACCUCCCCCAGGACACUGAUGAUUAUGAAGCUCGGGGGGGUAGUGAUGUACCUGCUGGCGUGGGUGUUCAUGGUGGACAUAGCUAGAUUUGGGUACAAGAAAAGCAGAGCCAAGUAUAAACAGUGGAUGGAGAACCAUCAGCUCAGUGGCAUCAACACAGAAAACCUGCUUCAGACUAAAAGCCACUGAAGCUUUAAAAUCUCAUUUAUAUUUGAUGGUUUGGACAGAGCUGCUAUGUGCAGCUAUUUUAUAUGCUGUGACUUAUGAUAAACACUGCUGGAGCCAAUUACUGCGGAGGGCACUCUGGGAGGGGCUCUACUUAGAGGUUAAAGGUGGCCUAAUCAAGCGACAGGUGUGUGUGGCUUUGGAGACAAACGGUUUGACCGUGCAGGACAGGGGCGUGUCCAGGGAGUGGCCUAGGGUAGCACACGCCACCCUUAGAAUUUGAUUGGCCACCCCAGCCACCCCCACUAAGUUCCAGUUCAAAUUGACUUUACAAUGUCGACAAAAGGCUUGGGUUAUAAAUUCCAAAAUGGUGUGUGGUUGCAUGCUCCUUUCACAUUGUUUUCUAGCCCAGGCCUACAGAACAUUUCUGUAAUAUUAUUAUUUAUUUUUCAUAUUCACAUAAAAAGUAUUUAGUCCCACUCAACUCCAGAUGGUGGCAGUAAUGCAACAAGAAGUGACUUGCUAACCACCACAAAACUAGAAGAUGAAGAGAAAAAAUGGUGAUUGUGCAAUGUGAAACUCAAAAAUUUAAAAGAAAGUAAAAAAAAAAUAAACGAUUUGUGUAAAUACGUAAAUAAGCAUAACCAUUGGUGCCACCCAUGCAUAAACAAGUGCCCCAUAUGGGCCACCCCAUUUUAAAAUUCCUGGACACGGCUCUGGUGCAGGAUAGUGUUGGCAUCAAUAUUCUCUGAGUUUUGCUUUUAUUUUCUCUGCCUUUUUACUUUAAUAAAUGGAUCAGCGUAUCCGAACAUG